GUCGCAUUCUUUUUUUAUUUCACAUAGAGAAAGGUUGACAUUAUUAUCAUUAUUAUAAUUAUCUUUAAAUAAUAUUCUUCUUCUUCUUAUUAUUUGUCUUCUGAAUUGUACGAAAGGCUUAUAUAAACAUGUCUAACCAGGAGGAGAAUCUGCAGUGCUCUUGGGUGGAGCUGCACUUCAGUGGAAAUGCCAAUGGCAUUGGCAGCCCUGCACAGAAUGGAGGGCAACAGGUGCAGGCUUCCAUUCACACUGGUGAUCUGGAAAAAAUGCUUCUAGAUGCCCAGCAUGAAUCUGGAAGAAGCAGUUCCAGAGGAAGCUCUCACAGUGACAGUCCGCCAAGAUCACAGACUCCACUCCACCUGUGUAUAGGUUCAGAGGUGCCCAGCAGUGGAGAUAAGAACAGCUCUCAGUCUGAAGAGGAUUAUCUUGAAAGAAGAGAAGUAGAAAAUCUUAUGAAGAAAAAUGCCGAUUGGAUUUGGGACUGGUCAAGCCGACCAGAAAACAUUCCACCAAAGGAAUUCCUGUUCAAACAUCCAAAACGGCCAGCGACCUUGAGUAUGAGGAACACCAGUGUUAUGAAGAAAGGAGGAAUUUUUUCAGCAGAAUUUUUGAAGGUGUUCCUUCCUUCUUUGAUUAUUUCUCACAUACUUGCUGUCGGCCUUGGGAUCUUCAUUGGGAGACGUUUAAGAACCUCCACCAGUACCUUCUAAAUGCGACCUGUUGUCAGCUGUAUCUGACUUCAUUUACCUUGGCAUGCCUUUGUGUAACGCUUUGUAGACAUGGGUACAAGUGCUCCUGUGAAUUACAGAAACGUGCUUGCUGA